CAACGAACGCCGCAACUCGCUCCCCGCCUCUCCCUCCGAAACCGCGAGCGCCAGCGGGAUCCAUCGCAGGUUCGCAACCGAACGGACGGAGGGACGGCGCACACAUGGGCAUGGCCGGCGACGACUGGCGCUGCCGGAAGCACCCGCCCGUGCCCUGCGGCGGCGUGUGCCCGCACUGCCUCUGCGACCGCCUCCUCCGCCUCUGCCCCGACUGCGCGCGGACGCGCCCCUGCGCCUGCGCCUCCCCCUCCUCCCCGUCCUCCUCGGCCUCCUCCGCCUCCGUCGGCCGCGUCUGCAGCCUCAUCGAGCGGGAGCGCCGGAUCGGGCGCUCGCGGUCCGUGGCCGGCGGCGGCAGCGCCGACGAGAGGCGCCGGUCCAGGGUCUGGGGCUGGGCCUCGUUCCGGAAGCCCGCGGCCGGCAAGGGCAUGGAGCUGGAGAGCGAGGAGGAGCGCCACGCCGCCGAGGACGCGGCGGCAUUGGAGUUGGAGCGGUCGAGCUCCGCCUCUGCGGAGAAGCUGGCGCCCAAAACGGGCGGGUGGGGGCGGUUCCUGCCCGGCCCGAUCAAGGCGCUGCGCCACCGCAAGUCGCGCGCUUCCGCCGGCGCCAGCGCCCGAGGCGACCGCCGGGAGGGCGUGAGGUGAGGUGAGAUCGCCGGCCGGCGCGCGGCUAGGUCGUCUUCUUUCCGUGACUGUUGUGAUGAUCCAUGGAUCUCGUUGGUUGGUGAUCCUGUAACCCCGAGUCGUCCCGGCCCCUUCCUUCGGGCCUCGCCCGUGAUUAUACAUAAUAAAGUUGUGCAUAGAAUGUGUUAGCUGCUGAUCCAAUCCCGUUCUUCCCCAGCCUUGGA